ACUUUGAUUUUCUCCAAGAUGAAGUCGUGUCAGGUGACAAAUAUCAAUCGUGAAGAUCGCACAGGUGUUUAACAGCGAUCACAAACCGAAAGUGUUUGAAAGACUUCUGGAUUCUGUUCCUGCAGCACAAGAUCGUCUGAACUACUGCAAGUCAUGAUGAACAUAUGCUCAUCUUCAGAGACACAAAGAUCUCCGUGUUGAGCUGUUCAUCUGCAGUAUGUCAGAGAAGAGAGAAAAGACGAGUCUCUCACAGAAACAGAGUGUAAGAUCAGGCUCACAUGUGUCCAGCUCUGUGUCUGUGAAGAGUGACCGGUCAAAAGGUGAACCACCGUUAUUCAGUGAGGAAACACCAUCAGCUACUGAAAGUGUAAGAUCAGUCUCACAUGUGUCUGUGAAGAGUGACCGGUCAAAAGGUGAACCACCGUUAUUCAGUGAGGAAACACCAUCAGCUACUGAAAGGCUGCAAUAUGAUACAUUAGAUUCAGACUUCCAGAUUAACAGGAGCUACAAGGAUUUCACAGACAAACUCCUAGGAAUCUUCCAGCAUCUUGAAAAGAAAAUAAUACAUUUUCUAAAAAAUGAGCUGGACAUGUUUAAGAAAAUUUUACAAAAAGAGGAGAUUCAAUACUUUGUGAAGGACUUUAAUGAGAACAGAUGCAGUAUGAAAGAAGCUGCUCUUGAUCUCACACUCUACUUUCUGAGAGAGAUGAACCAAGAUGAAGCUGCCGAUACUCUAGAAGAUGAGCUGAUCUUCAUUCAUCAGCUAAAGUGUAGCCUAAAGAAGAAGUAUCAAUGUGUGUUUGAAGGAAUUGAAAAGCAAGGUGACUCUACACUUCUGAAGAACAUCUACACAGAUCUCUAUAUCACUCAGGGUUGUAGUGAACAGAUCAAUACUGAACAUGAGGUGAGACAGAUUGAAGUUACUUCCAGACGUCAUGAAUCACAGGAGAUACAGGUUAAGUGCAAAAAUUUAUUUAAAGCAACUGAAGAAGACAAGCCGAUCAGAACUGUGCUGACAAAAGGAGUUGCUGGCAUUGGAAAAUCAGUCUCUGUGCAGAAGUUUGUUCUAGAUUGGGCAGAAGGAAAAGAAAAUCAAGAUAUCAGCUUCAUAUUUCCUCUUCCAUUUAGAGAGAUGAACAUAAAGGAGCAAGAAAAACUAAGUUUAAUGGACCUUAUAACUCAGUUUUUCCCAGAUACGAAAGGACUGAACCUUACAAGAAGAAAUCAAUUCAAAGUCAUGUUCAUCCUUGAUGGAUUGGAUGAAUGUCGACUUCCUGUAAACUUUAAGGAUAAUGAGACAUUGUCUGAUGUAUCAUCACCAGUCUCUCUAGAUGUUCUCCUAACAAACCUCAUCAAGGGAAAUCUGCUUCCUUCUGCUCUCAUCUGGAUCACCAGCAGACCAGCAGCUGCCAGUAAGAUUCCUCCUGACUGCAUCGACCGGCUGACAGAGAUACGAGGAUUCAAUGAUGCACAAAAGGAGGAGUACUUCAGAAAAAGAUUCACAGAUGAGAAUCAGGCCAAAGAAAUCAUUGAUCAUGUUAAACAAUCAAAGAGUCUCUUUAUCAUGUGCCACAUCCCAGUCUUCUGCUGGAUUUCAGCCACUGUUCUCCAGAACAUUUUAGAGGAGAAAAGAAAUAAUGUUGUGAAAAACAGUCAGGCUGAUGAUGCCUCCAAAACACUGCAGGAGUCAAAUACUGAAGACACUCCUAAGACUCUGACACAAAUGUACACACACUUCCUCAGAUUUCAGAUCCAGCAGAGCAGACGAAAGUAUGAAGGAGAAUAUACCCCCGAUGUUUCCUGGGAUAAAGAUGCCAUCUUUUCACUGGGGAAACUGGCAUUUGAUCAGCUGGAAAGAAACAAUGUGAUCUUCUAUGACACCGAUCUGGAAGCCUGUGGUAUUGAUGUCUAUAAGGCAUCAGUGUACUCAGGCAUGUGUACCCAGAUCUUUAAGGAGGAAACGGGGAUCCUUCUUGGUACCAUGUACUGCUUCGUUCACUUGAGCAUUCAAGAGUUUAUUGCAGCCCUUUAUGCACAUCUGUUUCUAGACAUCAACAAGAAAUAUGUGUUUGAUCAAGACUCUACAGAACAGGAAAACAAAAGUGAAACUGUGAUUGAUUUGCUCAAGACUGCAGUGGUCAAGGUGCUUGAGAGUGGCAGUGUUUAUCUGGACUAUUUCCUUCAUUUCCAUCUCGGACUGUCACUCCAGUCCAAAAAAAACAUGAUUGAUUUGCUCAAAACCGCAGUGGACAAGGCACUAGAGAGUGAUAAUGGACACCUGGAUCUUUUUCUUCGAUUCCUCCUUGGUUUGUCACUCCAGUCCAAUCAGAGACUUUUACAGGGUCUGUUGACACAGGAAGAUGACAAUGACCAGAGCAAAAAAGAAAUAGUUCAGUACAUCAAGCAGAAAUUUGAAGCUAAUCUGUCUCCAGAGAGAUCCAUCAAUCUGUUAUACUGUCUGAAUGAACUGAACGACCAAACUCUGGUGGAAGACAUUCAGACCCACCUUAGCAAAGGAAGUCUCUCAUCUGCUGAUCUUUCACCUGCCCAGUGGUCUGCUUUGGUCUUUGUGUUGUUGACAUCAGAGGAGGAGCUAGAGGAGUUUGAGCUUCAGAAAUUCAAGAAAUCAGACGAGUGUCUCAUUAGAUUAUCGGCAGUCAUCAAAACCUCUAAAAGAGCUCUGCUAAAUGAUUGUGGCUUAACUGACAAAAGCUGUCCAGCUCUGGCUACAGUUUUUGCUUCAGAUUCCAAUCUGAAAGAGCUAAACAUGAACAAUAAUAAUCUGCAGGAUUCAGGAGUGAAGCUACUCUGCACUGGACUGAAGAAUAGAAACUGCAAAUUAGAGAUACUGAGACUUUCAAACUGCAGUAUCAGUGAAGAAGGUUAUAAAGCUCUGGCUUCAGCUCUGAGAUCAAACCCUUCACACCUGAUAGAGCUGGAUCUCACAGGAAAUGAUCCUGGAGAAUCAGGAGUGAAGCAGCUCAGUGAUUUACUACAGGAUCCAAACUGUCAACUCAACACACUGAGGUUUUUGGGUCCUGCUGCAGAUGAAGGCUGUCAGUAUGUGACUGGAAUUGUGGGUAAAAACCCAUUACUCCUGAGAGAGCUGAAUCUGAGUGAACAUGAACUAGGAGACACAGGAGUGAAUCAGAUCUCUGCUCUACUGCAGGACAAACACUGUAUACUCAACACACUGAUACUUUCAGACUGCGGUAUCAGUGAAGAAGGUUAUAAAGCUCUGGCUUCAGCUCUGAGAUCAAACCCUUCACACCUGAUAGAGCUGGAUCUCACAGGAAAUGAUCCUGGAGAAUCAGGAGUGAAGAAGCUCAGUGAUUUACAACAGGAUCCAAACUGUCAACUCAAGACACUGAGGUUUUUGGGUUCUGCUGCAGAUGAAGGCUGUCAGUAUGUGACUGGAAUUGUGGGUAAAAACCUGUUACUUCUGAGAGAUCUGGAUCUGAGUGGACAUGAACUAGGAGACACAGGAGUGAAUCAGAUCUCUGCUCUACUGCAGGAUAAACACUGUCAGCUCAACACACUGAUGCUGCGUGAUUGUGAUCUAGCAGAGGAAAGCUGUUCAGCUAUGGCUACAGUCCUGAGAUCAAACUCCAGUCUGAAAGAGCUUGACAUGAGCAACAAUAAUCUGCAGGAUUUAGGAGUGAAGAAACUCCAGAAAGGAUUAGAAAAUAUAAAAUGCACAUUAGAAAAACUCAGACUUUCAGACUGCGGUAUCACUGAAGAAGGUUAUAAAGCUCUCUCUUCAACUCUGAGAUCAAACCUUUCACACCUGAUAGAGCUGGAUCUCACAGGAAAUGAUCCUGGAGAAUCAGGAGUGAAGCAGCUCAGUGAUUUACUACAGGAUCCAAACUGUCAACUCAAGACACUGAGGUUUUUGGGUCCUGUUGCAGAUGAAGGCUGUCAGUAUGUGACUGGAAUUGUGGGUAAAAACCCAUUACUCCUGAGAGAGCUGAAUCUGAGUGAACGUGAACUAGGAGACAUAGGAGUGAAUCAAAUCGCUGCUCUACUGCAGGAUAAACACUGUACACUCAACAGACUUGUUCUGAAGAACAACUGUAUCACAGAAGGAGGUUGUCAUGUUCUGGCUGCAGCUUUAAAUUCAAACCCUUCAAAUCUGACAGAGCUGGAUCUGAGUGAGAAUAAACUAGGAAACCCAGGAAUGAAGAUCAUCUUGACUCUGUUUGAAAAUGUACAGUGUAGACUGGAAAAGCUGAAGUUAAACUGCAUCAGCAUUACAGAUGAAGGUUGUGCUGCUCUGGCAUCAGCGUUUAAUUCAAACCUCAGAGAGUUGGAUCUGAGCAGGAAUCAAAUAGAAGACUCUGUAGUGACAGAAAUCUCCACUCUGCUGAGAAAUUCACAGACACUACAGAUACUCAGACUUUCAGACUGCAAUAUAACUGAAGAAGGUUAUAAAGCUCUGUCUUCAGCUCUGAGAUCAAACCCCUCACACCUGAUAGAGCUGGAUCUCACAGGAAAUGAUCCUGGAGAAUCAGGAGUGAAGCUGCUCAGUGAUUUACUACAGGAUCCAAACUGUCAACUCAACACAAUGAGGUUUUUGGGUCCUGCUGCAGAUGAAGGCUGUCAGUAUGUGACUGGAAUUGUGGGUAAAAACCCGUUACUCCUGAGAAAGCUGGAUUUGAGUAAACAUGAACUAGGAGACACAGGAGUGAAUCAGAUUGCUCCUCUACUUCAGGAUAAACACUGUAAACUCAACACACUGAUUCUGAAGAGCAACUGUAUCACAGAAGGAGGUUGUCAUGUUCUGGCUGCAGCUCUAAGUUCAAACCCUUCAAAUCUGACAGAGCUGGAUCUGAGUGAGAAUAAACUAGGAAACCCAGGAAUGAAGAUCAUCUCGACUCUGUUGGAAAAUGUACAGUGUAGACUGGAAAAGCUGAAGUUAAACCGCAUCGGUAUUACAGAUGAAGGUUGUGCUGCUCUGGCAUCAGCGUUUAAUUCAAACCUCAGAGAGUUGGAUCUGAGCAGGAAUCAAAUAGGAGACUCUGGAGUGACAGAAAUCUCCAGCCUGCUGAGAAAUUCACAGACACUACAGAUACUCAGACUUUCAGACUGCAGUAUCACUGAAGAAGGUUAUAAAGCUCUGUCUUCAGCUCUGAGAUCAAACCCUUCACACCUGAUAGAGCUGGAUCUCACAGGAAAUGAUCCUGGAGAAUCAGGAGUGAAGCAGCUCAGUGAAUUACUGCAGGAUCCAAACUGUCAACUCAAGACUCUGAGGUUUUUGGGUCCUGCUGCAGAUGAAGGCUGUCAGUAUGUGACUGGAAUUGUGGGUAAAAACCCGUUACUCCUAAGAGAGCUGAAUCUGAGUGAACAUGAACUAGGAGACACAGGAGUGAAUCAGAUCUCUGCUCUACUUCAGGAUAAACACUGUACACUCAACACAUUGAUACUUUCAGACUGCAGUAUCACUGAAGAAGGUUAUAAAGCUCUGUCUUCAGCUCUGAGAUCAAACCCUUCACACCUGAUAGAGCUGGAUCUCACAGGAAAUGAUCCUGGAGAAUCAGGAGUGAAGCAGCUCAGUGAUUUACUACAGGAUGGACUCUGUUCAUUAAAGACCAUCAGGUUUUUGAAAAGUCCUGCUGCAGAGGAAGCGUGUGAGUAUCUCACUGGAGUUCUGGGUAAAAGUCCAUUAUUACUGAAAGAACUGGAUCUGAGUGAAGAUAAAUUAGGAAAUCUGGAUUGGGAGAAACUCUCUGCUCUUUUGAAGGACUCUCACAGCAAACUGGAAAAAAUAAUGCUGAAUAACUGUGAGCUGACAGAGAAAAGCUGUUCAGUUCUAGCUACUGUUCUCUCCUCCAAAACCAUCCUGAAAGAGAUGAAACUGAACAACAGUCGUCUGCUGGAUUCAGGAGUCAAAGAGAUCUGUGAGGGACUGAAGAACCCUGUGUGUGAGCUGAAGAUACUGAAACUUUCAGACUGCAGUAUCAGUGAAGAAGGUUAUAAAGCUCUGUCUUCAGCUCUGAGAUCAAACCCUUCACACCUGAUAGAGCUGGAUCUCACAGGAAAUGAUCCUGGAGAAUCAGGAGUGAAGCAGCUCAGUGAUUUACUACAGGAUGGACUCUGUUCAUUAAAGACCAUCAGGUUUUUGAAAAGUCCUGCUGCAGAGGAAGCGUGUGAGUAUCUUACUGGAGUUCUGGGUAAAAGUCCAUUAUUACUGAAAGAACUGGAUCUGAGUGAAGAUAAAUUAGGAGAUCUGGAUUGGGAGAAACUGUCUGCUCUUUUGAUGGACUCUCACAGCAAACUAGAAAAAAUAAUGCUGAAUAACUUUGAGCUGACAGAGAAAAGCUGUUCGGUUCUAGCUACUGUUCUCUCCUCCAAAACCAUCCUGAAAGAGAUGAACCUGAACAACAGUCGUCUGCUGGAUUCAGGAGUCAAAGAGAUCUGUGAGGGACUGAAGAACCCUGUGUGUGAGCUGAAGAUACUGAAACUUUCAGACUGCAGUAUCACUGAAGAAGGUUAUAAAGCUCUGUCUUCAGCUCUGAGAUCAAACCCUUCACACCUGAUAGAGCUGGAUCUCACAGGAAAUGAUCCUGGAGAAUCAGGAGUGAAGCAGCUCAGUGAUUUACUACAGGAUGGACUCUGUUCAUUAAAGACCAUCAGGUUUUUGAAAAGUCCUGCUGCAGAGGAAGCGUGUGAGUAUCUCACUGGAGUUCUGGGUAAAAGUCCAUUAUUACUGAAAGAACUGGAUCUGAGUGAAGAUAAAUUAGGAAAUCUGGAUUGGGAGAAACUCUCUGCUCUUUUGAAGGACUCUCACAGCAAACUGGAAAAAAUAAUGCUGAAUAACUUUGAGCUGACAGAGAAAAGCUGUUCAGUUCUAGCUACUGUUCUCUCCUCCAAAACCAUCCUGAAAGAGAUGAACCUGAACAACAGUCGUCUGCUGGAUUCAGGAGUCAAAGAGAUCUGUGAGGGACUGAAGAACCCUGUGUGUGAGCUGAAGAUACUGAAACUUUCAGACUGCAGUAUCACUGAAGAAGGUUAUAAAGCUCUGUCUUCAGCUCUGAGAUCAAACCCUUCACACCUGAUAGAGCUGGAUCUCACAGGAAAUGAUCCUGGAGAAUCAGGAGUGAAGCAGCUCAGUGAUUUACUACAGGAUGGACUCUGUUCAUUAAAGACCAUCAGGUUUUUGAAAAGUCCUGCUGCAGAGGAAGCGUGUGAGUAUCUCACUGGAGUUCUGGGUAAAAGUCCAUUAUUACUGAAAGAACUGGAUCUGAGUGAAGAUAAAUUAGGAGAUCUGGAUUGGGAGAAACUCUCUGCUCUUUUGAAGGACUCUCACAGCAAACUGGAAAAAAUAAUGCUGAAUAACUGUGAGCUGACAGAGAAAAGCUGUUCAGUUCUAGCUACUGUUCUCUCCUCCAAAACCAUCCUGAAAGAGAUGAAACUGAACAACAGUCGUCUGCUGGAUUCAGGAGUCAAAGAGAUCUGUGAGGGACUGAAGAACCCUGUGUGUGAGCUGAAGAUACUGAAACUUUCAGACUGCAGUAUCAGUGAAGAAGGUUAUAAAGCUCUGUCUUCAGCUCUGAGAUCAAACCCUUCACACCUGAUAGAGCUGGAUCUCACAGGAAAUGAUCCUGGAGAAUCAGGAGUGAAGCAGCUCAGUGAUUUACUACAGGAUGGACUCUGUUCAUUAAAGACCAUCAGGUUUUUGAAAAGUCCUGCUGCAGAGGAAGCGUGUGAGUAUCUUACUGGAGUUCUGGGUAAAAGUCCAUUAUUACUGAAAGAACUGGAUCUGAAUGAAGAUAAAUUAGGAGAUCUGGAUUGGGAGAAACUGUCUGCUCUUUUGAUGGACUCUCACAGCAAACUAGAAAAAAUAAUGCUGAAUAACUUUGAGCUGACAGAGAAAAGCUGUUCAGUUCUAGCUACUGUUCUCUCCUCCAAAACCAUCCUGAAAGAGAUGAACCUGAACAACAGUCGUCUGCUGGAUUCAGGAGUCAAAGAGAUCUGUGAGGGACUGAAGAACCCUGUGUGUGAGCUGAAGAUACUGAAACUUUCAGACUGCAGUAUCACUGAAGAAGGUUAUAAAGCUCUGUCUUCAGCUCUGAGAUCAAACCCUUCACACCUGAUAGAGCUGGAUCUCACAGGAAAUGAUCCUGGAGAAUCAGGAGUGAAGCAGCUCAGUGAUUUACUACAGGAUGGACUCUGUUCAUUAAAGACCAUCAGGUUUUUGAAAAGUCCUGCUGCAGAGGAAGCGUGUGAGUAUCUCACUGGAGUUCUGGGUAAAAGUCCAUUAUUACUGAAAGAACUGGAUCUGAGUGAAGAUAAAUUAGGAGAUCUGGAUUGGGAGAAACUCUCUGCUCUUUUGAAGGACUCUCACAGCAAACUGGAAAAAAUAAUGCUGAAUAACUGUGAGCUGACAGAGAAAAGCUGUUCAGUUCUAGCUACUGUUCUCUCCUCCAAAACCAUCCUGAAAGAGAUGAAACUGAACAACAGUCGUCUGCUGGAUUCAGGAGUCAAAGAGAUCUGUGAGGGACUGAAGAACCCUGUGUGUGAGCUGAAGAUACUGAAACUUUCAGACUGCAGUAUCAGUGAAGAAGGUUAUAAAGCUCUGUCUUCAGCUCUGAGAUCAAACCCUUCACACCUGAUAGAGCUGGAUCUCACAGGAAAUGAUCCUGGAGAAUCAGGAGUGAAGCAGCUCAGUGAUUUACUACAGGAUGGACUCUGUUCAUUAAAGACCAUCAGGUUUUUGAAAAGUCCUGCUGCAGAGGAAGCGUGUGAGUAUCUUACUGGAGUUCUGGGUAAAAGUCCAUUAUUACUGAAAGAACUGGAUCUGAGUGAAGAUAAAUUAGGAGAUCUGGAUUGGGAGAAACUGUCUGCUCUUUUGAUGGACUCUCACAGCAAACUAGAAAAAAUAAUGCUGAAUAACUUUGAGCUGACAGAGAAAAGCUGUUCAGUUCUAGCUACUGUUCUCUCCUCCAAAACCAUCCUGAAAGAGAUGAACCUGAACAACAGUCGUCUGCUGGAUUCAGGAGUCAAAGAGAUCUGUGAGGGACUGAAGAACCCUGUGUGUGAGCUGAAGAUACUGAAACUUUCAGACUGCAGUAUUACUGAAGAAGGUUAUAAAGCUCUGUCUUCAGCUCUGAGAUCAAACCCUUCACACCUGAUAGAGCUGGAUCUCACAGGAAAUGAUCCUGGAGAAUCAGGAGUGAAGCAGCUCAGUGAUUUACUACAGGAUCCAAAAUGUCAACUCAAGACACUUAGGUUUUUGGGUCCUGCUGCAGAUGAAGGCUGUCAGUAUGUGACUGGAAUUGUGGGUAAAAACCUGUUACUCCUGAGAGAGCUGAAUCUGAGUGAACAUGAACUAGGAGACACAGGAGUGAAUCAGAUCACUGCUCUACUGCAGGAUAAACACUGUAAACUCAACACACUGAUUCUGAAGAACAACUGCAUCACAGAAGCAAGUUGUCAUGUUCUGGCUGCAGCUCUAAAUUCAAACCCUUCAAAUCUGACAGAGCUGGAUCUGAGUGAGAAUAAACUAGGAAACCCAGGAAUGAAGAUCAUCUCGACUCUGUUUGAAAAUGUACAGUGUAGACUGGAAAAGCUGAAACUUUCAGACUGCAGUAUCACUGAAGAAGGUUAUAAAGCUCUGUCUUCGGCUCUGAGAUCAAACCCUUCACACCUGAUAGAGCUGGAUCUCACAGGAAAUGAUCCUGGAGAAUCAGGAGUGAAGCAGCUCAGUGAUUUACUACAGGAUGGACUCUGUUCAUUAAAGACCAUCAGGUUUUUGAAAAGUCCUGCUGCAGAGGAAGCAUGUGAGUAUCUCACUGGAGUUCUGGGUAAAAGUCCAUUAUUACUGAAAGAACUGGAUCUGAGUGAAGAUAAAUUAGGAGAUCUGGAUUGGGAGAAACUCUCUGCUCUUUUGAUGGACUCUCACAGCAAACUGGAGAAAAUAAUGCUGAAUAAUUGUGAGCUGACAGAGAAAAGCUGUUCAGUUCUAGCUACUGUUCUCUCCUCCAAAACCAUCCUGAAAGAGAUGAACCUGAACAACAGUCGUCUGCUAGAUUCAGGAGUCAAAGAGAUCUGUGAGGGACUGAAGAACCCUGUGUGUGAGCUGAAGAUACUGAAACUUUCAGACUGCAGUAUCAGUGAACAAGGUUAUAAAGCUCUGUCUUCAGCUCUGAGAUCAAACCCUUCACACCUGAUAGAGCUGGAUCUCACAGGAAAUGAUCCUGGAGAAUCAGGAGUGAAGAAGCUCAGUGAUUUACUACAGGAUCCAAACUAUCAACUCAACACACUGAGGUUUUUGGGUCCUGCUGCAGAUGAAGGCUGUCAGUAUGUGACUGGAAUUGUGGGUAAAAACCCGUUACUCCUGAGAGAGCUGAAUCUGAGUAAACAUGAACUAGGAGACACAGGAGUGAAUCAGAUCUCUGCUCUACUGCAGGAUAAACACUGUACACUCAACACACUGAAUCUGAGUGAAUGCAGUAUUACAGAGAAACAGUGUCUCAUCCUGACUUCAGCUCUGAAAUCAAACCCAUCACACCUGAGAGAACUGAACCUGAGCUGGAAUAAACUACUAGGAGACUCUGGAGUGAAACACCUCAGUGAUCUACUGAUGAACACACAAUUCAAGCUGGAGAAACUAGAUCUGUGUAGAUGCAGUAUUACAGAGAAACAGUGUCUCAUCCUGACUUCAGCUCUGAAAUCAAACCCAUCACACCUGAGAGAACUGAACCUGAGCUGGAAUGAACUACUAGGAGACUCUGGAGUGAAACACCUCAGUGAUCUACUGAUGAACACACAAUUCAAGCUGGAGAAACUAGAUCUGAGUGAUUGCAGUAUUACAGAGAAACAGUGUCUCAUCCUGACUUCAGCUCUGAAAUCAAACCCAUCACACCUGAGAGAACUGGACCUGAGCUGGAAUGAACUACUAGGAGACUCUGGAGUGAAACACCUCAGUGAUCUACUGAUGAACACACAAUUCAAGCUGGAGAAACUAGAUCUGUGGAGAUGCAUUAUUACAGAGAAACAGUGUGUCAUCCUGACUUCAGCUCUGAAAUCAAACCCAUCACACCUGAGAGAACUGAACCUGAGCUGGAAUGAACUACUAGGAGACUCUGGAGUGAAACACCUCAGUGAUCUACUGAUGAACACACAAUUCAAGCUGGAGAAACUACAUCUGAGUUAUUGCAGUAUUACAGAGAAACAGUGUCUCAUCCUGACUUCAGCUCUGAAAUCAAACCCAUCACACCUGAGAGAACUGAACCUGAGCGGGAAUAAACUACUAGGAGACUCUGGAGUGAAACACCUCAGUGAUCUACUGAUGAACACACAAUUCAAGCUGGAGAAACUACAUCUGUGUGGAUGCAGUAUUACAGAGAAACAGUGUCUCAUCCUGACUUCAGCUCUGAAAUCAAACCCAUCACACCUGAGAGAACUGGACCUGAGCUGGAAUAAACUACUAGGAGACUCUGGAGUGAAACACCUCAGUGAUCUACUGAUGAACACACAAUUCAAGCUGGAGAAACUACAUCUGCGUGAUUGCAGUAUUACAGAGAAACAGUGUCUCAUCCUGACUUCAGCUCUGAAAUCAAACCCAUCACACCUGAGAGAACUGAACCUGAGUCUGAAUGAACUACUAGGAGACUCUGGAGUGAAACACCUCAGUGAUCUACUGAUGAACACACAAUUCAAGCUGGAGAAACUACAGUUAAACUGCAUCAGUAUUACAGAUGAAGGUUGUGCUGCUCUGGCAUCAGCGUUUAAUUCAAACCUCAGAGAGCUGGAUCUGAGCAGGAAUCAAAUAGGAGACUCUGGAGUGACAGAAAUCUCCAGUCUGCUGAGAAAUUCACAGACACUACAGAUACUCAGACUUUCAGACUGCAGUAUCAGUGAAGAAGGUUAUAAAGCUCUGUCUUCAGCUCUGAGAUCAAACCCUUCACACCUGAUAGAGCUGGAUCUCACAGGAAAUGAUCCUGGAGAAUCAGGAGUGAAGCAGCUCAGUGAUUUACUACAGGAUCCAAACUGUCAACUCAAGACUCUGAGGUUUUUGGGUCCUGCUGCAGAUGAAGGCUGUCAGUAUGUGACUGGAAUUGUGGGUAAAAACCCGUUACUCCUGAGAGAGCUGAAUCUGAGUGGACGUAAACUAGGAGACACAGGAGUGAAUCAGAUCUCUGCUCUACUGCAGGAUAAACACUGUACACUCAACACACUGAAACUUUCAGACUGCAGUAUCACUGAAGAAGGUUAUAAAGCUCUGUCUUCAGCUCUGAGAUCAAACCCUUCACACCUGAUAGAGCUGGAUCUCACAGGAAAUGAUCCUGGAGAAUCAGGAGUGAAGCAGCUCAGUGAUUUACUACAGGAUCCAAACUGUCAACUCAACACACUGAGGUUUUUGGGUCCUGCUGCAGAUGAAGGCUGUCAGUAUGUGACUGGAAUUGUGGGUAAAAACCCGUUACUCCUGAGAGAGCUGAAUCUGAGUGAACAUGAACUAGGAGACACAGAAGUGAAUCAGAUCUCUGCUCUACUGCAGGAUAAACACUGUACACUCAACACACUGAAUCUGCGUGAUUGCAGUAUUACAGAGAAACAGUGUCUCAUCCUGACUUCAGCUCUGAAAUCAAACCCAUCACACCUGAGAGAACUGAACCUGAGCUGGAAUAAACUACUAGGAGACUCUGGAGUGAAACACCUCAGUGAUCUACUGAUGAACACACAAUUCAAGCUGGAGAAACUACAGUUAAACUGCAUCAGUAUUACAGAUGAAGGUUGUGCUGCUCUGGCAUCAGCGUUUAAUUCAAACCUCAGAGAGCUGGAUCUGAGCAGGAAUCAAAUAGGAGACUCUGGAGUGACAGAAAUCUCCAGUCUGCUGAGAAAUUCACAGACACUACAGAUACUCAGACUUUCAGACUGCAGUAUCAGUGAAGAAGGUUAUAAAGCUCUGUCUUCAGCUCUGAGAUCAAAUCCUUCACACCUGAUAGAGCUGGAUCUCACAGGAAAUGAUCCUGGAGAAUCAGGAGUGAAGCAGCUCAGUGAUUUACUACAGGAUCCAAACUGUCAACUCAAGACUCUGAGGUUUUUGGGUCCUGCUGCAGAUGAAGGCUGUCAGUAUGUGACUGGAAUUGUGGGUAAAAACCCGUUACUCCUGAGAGAGCUGAAUCUGAGUGGACAUGAACUAGGAGACACAAGAGUGAAUCAGAUCUCUGCUCUACUGCAGGAUAAACACUGUAGACUCAACACACUGAUUCUGUGUAGAUGCAGUAUUACAGAGAAACAGUGUCUCAUCCUGACUUCAGCUCUGAAAUCAAACCCAUCACACCUGAGAGAACUGAACCUGAGCUGGAAUGAACUACUAGGAGACUCUGGAGUGAAACACCUCAGUGAUCUACUGAUGAACACACAAUUCAAGCUGGAGAAACUAGAUCUGUGGGGAUGCAGUAUUACAGAGAAACAGUGUCUCAUCCUGACUUCAGCUCUGAAAUCAAACCCAUCACACCUGAGAGAACUGAACCUGAGCGAGAAUAAACUACUAGGAGACUCUGGAGUGAAACACCUCAGUGAUCUACUGAUGAACACACAAUUCAAGCUGGAGAAACUACAUCUGUAUGAUUGCAGUAUUACAGAGAAACAGUGUCUCAUCCUGACUUCAGCUCUGAAAUCAAACCCAUCACACCUGAGAGAACUGGAUCUGAGUCUGAAUGAACUACUAGGAGACUCUGGAGUGAAACACCUCAGUGAUCUACUGAUGAACACACAAUUCAAGCUGGAGAAACUAGAUCUGUGUGAUUGCAGUAUGACAGAGAAACAGUGUCUCAUCCUGACUUCAGCUCUGAAAUCAAACCCAUCACACCUGAGAGAACUGGACCUGAGCGGGAAUGAACUACUAGGAGACUCUGGAGUGAAACACCUCAGUGAUCUACUGAUGAACACACAAUUCAAGCUGGAGAAACUACAUCUGUGGGGAUGCAGUAUUACAGAGAAACAGUGUCUCAUCCUGACUUCAGCUCUGAAAUCAAACCCAUCACACCUGAGAGAACUGAUCCUGAGCGUGAAUAAACUACUAGGAGACUCUGGAGUGAAACACCUCAGUGAUCUACUGAUGAACACACAAUUCAAGCUGGAGAAACUAGAUCUGUGUGAUUGCAGUAUUACAGAGAAACAGUGUCUCAUCCUGACUUCAGCUCUGAAAUCAAACCCAUCACACCUGAGAGAACUGAACCUGAGCAGGAAUGAACUACUAGGAGACUCUGGAGUGAAACACCUCAGUGAUCUACUGAUGAACACACAAUUCAAGCUGGAGAAACUACAUCUGUGGAGAUGCAGCAUUACAGAGAAACAGUGUCUCAUCCUGACUUCAGCUCUGAAAUCAAACCCAUCACACCUGAGAGAACUGAACCUGAGCUGGAAUGAACUACUAGGAGACUCUGGAGUGAAACACCUCAGUGAUCUACUGAUGAACACACAAUUCAAGCUGGAGAAACUACAUCUGUGUGGAUGCAGUAUUACAGAGAAACAGUGUCUCAUCCUGACUUCAGCUCUGAAAUCAAACCCAUCACACCUGAGAGAACUGAAGCUGAGCAGGAAUCAAAUAAAAAACACAGGACUGAAUCACUUAUGUGACGUACUGAAGGAUUCACGCUGUAAACUGGAGAGAUUGAGUCUGUAUGAUUGCAGUAUUACAGAGAAACAGUGUCUCAUCCUGACUUCAGCUCUGAAAUCAAACCCAUCACACCUGAGAGAACUGAACCUGAGCUGGAAUGAACUACUAGGAGACUCUGGAGUGAAACACCUCAGUGAUCUACUGAUGAACACACAAUUCAAGCUGGAGAAACUACAUCUGUGUGAUUGCAGUAUUACAGAGAAACAGUGUCUCAUCCUGACUUCAGCUCUGAAAUCAAACCCAUCACACCUGAGAGAACUGAACCUGAGCUGGAAUAAAAUACUAGGAGACUCUGGAGUGAAACACCUCAGUGAUCUACUGAUGAACACACAAUUCAAGCUGGAGAAACUAGAUCUGUGUAGAUGCAGUAUUACAGAGAAACAGUGUGUCAUCCUGACUUCAGCUCUGAAAUCAAACCCAUCACACCUGAGAGAACUGAACCUGAGCUGGAAUAAACUACUAGGAGACUCUGGAGUGAAACACCUCAGUGAUCUACUGAUGAACACACAAUUCAAGCUGGAGAAACUAGAGCUAAAUGAUUGUGGCUUAACAGACAAAAGCUGUCCAGCUCUGGCUUCAGUUCUUGGAUCAGAUACCAAUCUGAAAGAGCUGAACAUGAACAAUAAUAAUCUGCAGGAUUCCGGAGUGAAGCUACUCUGCACUGGCCUGGAGAAUAUAAACUGCAAAUUAGAGAUACUGAGUCUGAAGAACAACUGUAUCACAGAAGGAGGAUGUCAUGUUCUGGCUGCAGCUCUAAAUUCAAACCCUUCAAAUCUGACAGAGCUGGAUCUGAGUGAGAAUAAACUAGGAAACCCAGGAAUGAAGAUCAUCUUGACUCUGUUUGAAAAUGUACAGUGUAGACUGGAAAAGCUGAAUCUGAAGAACAACUGUAUCACAGAAGGAGGUUGUCAUGUUCUGGCUGCAGCUCUAAAUUCAAACCCUUCAAAUCUGACAGAGCUGGAUCUGAGUGAGAAUAAACUAGGAAAUACAGGAAUGAAGAUCAUCUUGACUCUGUUUGAAAAUGUACAGUGUAGACUGGAAAAGCUGAAGUUAAACUGCAUCAGUGUUACAGAUGAAGGUUGUGCUGCUCUGGCAUCAGCGUUUAAUUCAAACCUCAGAGAGCUGGAUCUGAGCAGGAAUCAAAUAGGAGACUCUGGAGUGAGAGAAAUAUCCAGUCUGCUGAGAAAUUCACAGACACUACAGAUACUCAGACUUUCAGACUGCAGUAUCAGUGAAGAAGGUUAUAAAGCUCUGUCUUCAGCUCUGAGAUCAAACCCUUCACACCUGAUAGAGCUGGAUCUCACAGGAAAUGAUCCUGGAGAAUCAGGAGUGAAGCAGCUCAGUGAUUUACUACAGGAUACAAACUGUCAGCUCAAGACACUGAGGUUUUUGGGUCCUGCUGCAGAUGAAGGCUGUCAGUAUGUGACUGGAAUUGUGGGUAAAAACCUGUUACUCCUGAGAGAGCUGAAUCUGAGUGAACGUAAACUAGGAGACACAGGAGUGAAUCAGAUCUCUGCUCUACUUCAGGAUAAACACUGUACACUCAACACACUGAAUCUGUAUGGAUGCAGUAUUACAGAGAAACAGUGUCUCAUCCUGACUUCAGCUCUGAAAUCAAACCCAUCACACCUGAGAGAACUGAACCUGAGCUGGAAUAAACUACUAGGAGACUCUGGAGUGAAACACCUCAGUGAUCUACUGAUGAACACACAAUUCAAGCUGGAGAAACUACAUCUGUGUGGAUGCAGUAUUACAGAGAAACAGUGUCUCAUCCUGACUUCAGCUCUGAAAUCAAACCCAUCACACCUGAGAGAACUGAACCUGAGCGGGAAUAAACUACUAGGAGACUCUGGAGUGAAACACCUCAGUGAUCUACUGAUGAACACACAAUUCAAGCUGGAGAAACUACAUCUGUAUGGAUGCAGUAUUACAGAGAAACAGUGUCUCAUCCUGACUUCAGCUCUGAAAUCAAACCCAUCACACCUGAGAGAACUGGAGCUGAGCAGGAAUAAACUACUAGGAGACUCUGGAGUGAAACACCUCAGUGAUCUACUGAUGAACACACAAUUCAAGCUGAAGAAACUACAUCUGUGUGGAUGCAGUAUUACAGAGAAACGGUGUCUCAUCCUGACUUCAGCUCUGAAAUCAAACCCAUCACACCUGAGAGAACUGAACCUGAGCUGGAAUAAACUACUAGGAGACUCUGGAGUGAAACACCUCAGUGAUCUACUGAUGAACACACAAUUCAAGCUGGAGAAACUACAUCUGCGUGAAUGCACUAUUACAGAGAAACAGUGUCUCAUCCUGACUUCAGCUCUGAAAUCAAACCCAUCACACCUGAGAGAACUGAACCUGAGCGGGAAUGAACUACUAGGAGUCUCUGGAGUGAAACACCUCAGUGAUCUACUGAUGAACACACAAUUCAAGCUGGAGAAACUAGAUCUGUGUGGAUGCAGUAUUACAGAGAAACAGUGUCUCAUCCUGACUUCAGCUCUGAAAUCAAACCCAUCACACCUGAGAGAACUGAUCCUGAACUGGAAUGAACUACUAGGAGACUCUGGAGUGAAACACCUCAGUGAUCUACUGAUGAACACACAAUUCAAGCUGGAGAAACUACAUCUGCGUGGAUGCAGUAUUACAGAGAAACAGUGUUUCAUCCUGACUUCAGCUCUGAAAUCAAACCCAUCACACCUGAGAGAACUGAACCUGAGCGGGAAUGAACUACUAGGAGACUCUGGAGUGAAACACCUCAGUGAUCUACUGAUGAACACACAAUUCAAGCUGGAGAAACUAGAGUUAAACUGCAUCAGUAUUACAGAUGAAGGUUGUGCUGCUCUGGCAUCAGCGUUUAAUUCAAACCUCAGAGAGCUGGAUCUGAGCAGGAAUCAAAUUGGAGACUCUGGAGUGAGAGAAAUCUCCAGUCUGCUGAGAAAUUCACAGACACUACAGAUACUCAGACUUUCAGACUGCAGUAUCACUGAAGAAGGUUAUAAAGCUCUGUCUUCAGCUCUGAGAUCAAAUCCUUCACACCUGAUAGAGCUGGAUCUCACAGGAAAUGAUCCUGGAGAAUCAGGAGUGAAGCUGCUCAGUGAUUUACUACAGGAUCCAAACUGUCAACUCAACACACUGAGGUUUUUGGGUCCUGCUGCAGAUGAAGGCUGUCAGUAUGUGACUGGAAUUGUGGGUAAAAACCCGUUACCCCUGAGAGAGCUGGAUCUGAGUUCACAUAAACUAGGAGACACAGGAGUGAAUCAGAUCUCUGCUCUACUGCAGGAUAAACACUGUACACUCAACACACUGAAUCUGUGUGGAUGCAGUAUUACAGAGAAACAGUGUCUCAUCCUGACUUCAGCUCUGAAAUCAAACCCAUCACACCUGAGAGAACUGAACCUGAGCUGGAAUGAACUACUAGGAGACUCUGGAGUGAAACACCUCAGUGAUCUACUGAUGAACACACAAUUCAAGCUGGAGAAACUAGAUCUGUGUGGAUGCGGUAUUACAGAGAAUCAGUGUCUCAUCCUGACUUCAGCUCUGAAAUCAAACCCAUCACACCUGAGAGAACUGAACCUGAGUCUGAAUGAACUACUAGGAGACUCUGGAGUGAAACACCUCAGUGAUCUACUGAUGAACACACAAUUCAAGCUGGAGAAACUAGAUCUGUGUGGAUGCAGAUUUACAGAGAAACAGUGUCUCAUCCUGACUUCAGCUCUGAAAUCAAACCCAUCACACCUGAGAGAACUGAACCUGAGCGGGAAUGAACUACUAGGAGACCCUGGAGUGAAACACCUCAGUGAUCUACUGAUGAACACACAAUUCAAGCUGGAGAAACUAGAUCUGUAUAGAUGCAGUAUUACAGAGAAACAGUGUCUCAUCCUGACUUCAGCUCUGAAAUCAAACCCAUCACACCUGAGAGAACUGAAGCUGAGCGGGAAUCAAAUAAAAGACACAGGAGUGAAUCACUUAUGUGACAUACUGAAGGAUUCACGCUGUAAACUGGAGAGAUUGAGGCUUUCAGACUGCAGUAUCACUGAAGAAGGUUAUAAAGCUCUGUCUUCAGCUCUGAGAUCAAACCCUUCACACCUGAUAGAGCUGGAUCUCACAGGAAAUGAUCCUGGAGAAUCAGGAGUGAAGCAGCUCUGUGAUUUACUACAGGAUCCAAACUGUCAACUCAAGACACUGAGGUUUUUGGGUCCUGCUGCUGAUGAAGGCUGUCGGUAUGUGACUGGAAUUGUGGGUAAAAACCCGUUACUCCUGAGAGAGCUGAAUCUGAGUGGACGUGAACUAGGAGACACAGGAGUGAAUCAGAUCGCUGCUCUACUGCAGGAUAAACACUGUACACUCAACACACUGAAGCUUUCAGACUGCAGUAUCACUGAAGAAGGUUAUAAAGCUCUGUCUUCAGCUCUGAGAUCAAACCCUUCACACCUGAUAGAGCUGGAUCUCACAGGAAAUGAUCCUGGAGAAUCAGGAGUGAAUCAGCUCUGUGAUUUACUACAGGAUCCAAACUGUCAACUCAAGACACUGAGGUGUUUGGGUCCUGCUGCAGAUGAAGGCUGUCAGUAUGUGACUGGAAUUGUGGGUAAAAACCCGUUACUCCUGAGAGAGCUGAAUCUGAGUGGACGUGAACUAGGAGACACAGGAGUGAAUCAGAUCUCUGCUCUACUGCAGGAUAAACACUGUACACUCAACACACUGAAUCUGAAGAAUAACUGUAUCACAGAAGGAGGUUGUCAUGCUCUGGCUGCAGCUCUAAAUUCAAACCCUUCAAAUCUGACGGAGCUGGAUCUGAGUGAGAAUAAUAUAGGAGACUCUGGAGUGACAGAACUGUCCAGUCUGUUGAGAAAUUCACAGUCGCUACAGAUACUCAGACUUUCAGACUGCAGAAUCACUGAAGAAGGUUAUAAAGCUCUGUCUUCAGCUCUGAGAUCAAACCAUUCACACCUGAUAGAGCUGGAUCUCGCAGGAAAUGAUCCUGGAGAAUCAGGAGUGAAGCUGCUCAGUGAUUUACUACAGGAUCCAAACUGUCAACUCAACACACUGAGGUUUUUGGGUCCUGCUGCAGAUGAAGGCUGUCAGUAUGUGACUGGAAUUGUGGGUAAAAACCCGUUACUCCUGGGAGAACUGAAUCUGAGUGGACAUGAACUAGGAGACACAGGAGUGAAUCUGAUCUCUGCUCUACUGCAGGAUAAACACUGUACACUCAACACACUGAAUCACUGUUAUUGCAGUAUUACAGAGAAACAGUGUCUCAUCCUGACUUCAGCUCUGAAAUCAAACCCAUCACACCUGAGAGAACUGAACCUGAGCUGGAAUAAACUACUAGGAGACUCUGGAGUGAAACACCUCAGUGAUCUACUGAUGAACACACAAUUCAAGCUGGAGAAACUACAUCUGUGUGAUUGCAGUAUUACAGAGAAACAGUGUAUCAUUCUGACUUCAGCUCUGAAAUCAAACCCAUCACACCUGAGAGAACUGGACCUGAACGGGAAUAAUCUACUAGGAGACUCUGGAGUGAAACACCUCAGUGAUCUACUGAUGAACACACAAUUCAAGCUGGAGAAACUAGAUCUGUGUAUAUGCAGUAUUACAGAGAAACAGUGUCUCAUCCUGACUUCAGCUCUGAAAUCAAACCCAUCACACCUGAGAGAACUGAACCUGAGCUGGAAUGAACUACUAGGAGACUCAGGAGUGAAACACCUCAGUGAUCUACUGAUGAACACACAAUUCAAGCUGGAGAAACUAGAUCUGUGUGUAUGCAGUAUUACAGAGAAACAGUGUCUCAUCCUGACUUCAGCUCUGAAAUCAAACCCAUCACACCUGAGAGAACUGGACCUGAGCGGGAAUGAACUACUAGGAGACUCUGGAGUGAAACACCUCAGUGAUCUACUGAUGAACACACAAUUCAAGCUGGAGAAACUAGAGCUAAAUGAUUGUGGCUUAACAGACAAAAGCUGUCCAGCUCUGGCUUCAGUCCUUGGAUCAGAUACCAAUCUGAAAGAGCUGAACAUGAACAAUAAUAAUCUGCAGGACUCAGGAGUGAAGCUGCUCUGCACUGGUCUUAAAAACAUUAAUUGCAAAUUAGAGAUACUGAGUCUGAAGAACAACUGUAUCACAGAAGGAGGUUGUCAUGCUCUGGCUGCAGCUCUAAAUUCAAACCCUUCAAUUCUGACAGAGCUGGAUCUGAGCAGGAAUAAAAUAGGAGACUCUGGAGUGACAGAAAUCUCCAGUCUGCUGAGAAAUUCACAGACACUACAGAUACUCAGUCUGAGUUAUUGCAGUAUUACAGAGGAACAGUGUCUCAUCCUGACUUCAGCUCUGAAAUCAAACCCAUCACACCUGAGAGAACUGAAGCUGAGCAUGAAUAAACUACUAGGAGACUCUGGAGUGAAACACCUCAGUGAUCUACUGAUGAACACACAAUUCAAGCUGGAGAAACUACAUCUGUGUGAUUGCAGUAUUACAGAGAAACAGUGUCUCAUCCUGACUUCAGCUCUGAAAUCAAACCCAUCACACCUGAGAGAACUGAACCUGAGCAGGAAUAAACUACUAGGAGACUCAGGAGUGAAACACCUCAGUGAUCUACUGAUGAACACACAAUUCAAGCUGGAGAAACUAGAUCUGUGUAGAUGCAGUAUUACAGAGAAACAGUGUCUCAUCCUGACUUCAGCUCUGAAAUCAAACCCAUCACACCUGAGAGAACUGAACCUGAGCUGGAAUGAACUACUAGGAGACUCUGGAGUGAAACACCUCAGUGAUCUACUGAUGAACACACAAUUCAAGCUGGAGAAACUAGAUCUGUGGAGAUGCAGUAUUACAGAGAAACAGUGUCUCAUCCUGACUUCAGCUCUGAAAUCAAACCCAUCACACCUGAGAGAACUGGACCUGAGCUGGAAUAAACUACUAGGAGACUCUGGAGUGAAACACCUCAGUGAUCUACUGAUGAACACACAAUUCAAGCUGGAGAAACUAGAGCUAAAUGAUUGUGGCUUAACAGACAAAAGCUGUCCAGCUCUGGCUUCAGUCCUUGGAUCAGAUACCAAUCUGAAAGAGCUGAACAUGAACAAUAAUAAUCUGCAGGACUCAGGAGUGAAGCUGCUCUGCACUGGUCUUAAAAACAUUAAUUGCAAAUUAGAGAUACUGAGUCUGAAGAACAACUGUAUCACAGAAGGAGGUUGUCAUGUUCUGGCUGCAGCUCUAAAUUCAAGCGCUUCAAAUCUGACAGAGCUGGAUCUGAGCAGGAAUAAACUAGGAGACUCUGGAGUGACAGAAAUCUCCAGUCUGCUGAGAAAUUCACAGACACUACAGAUACUCAGUCUGAGUUAUUGCAGUAUUACAGAGGAACAGUGUCUCAUCCUGACUUCAGCUCUGAAAUCAAACCCAUCACACCUGAGAGAACUGAACCUGAGCUGGAAUGAACUACUAAGAGACUCUGGAGUGAAACACCUCAGUGAUCUACUGAUGAACACACAAUUCAAGCUGGAGAAACUACAUCUGUGUGGAUGCAGUAUUACAGAGGAACAGUGUCUCAUCCUGACUUCAGCUCUGAAAUCAAACCCAUCACACCUGAGAGAACUGAACCUGAGCUGUAAUGAACUACUAGGAGACUCUGGAGUGAAACACCUCAGUGAUCUACUGAUGAACACACAAUUCAAGCUGGAGAAACUAGAUCUGUGUAGAUGCAGUAUUACAGAGAAACAGUGUCUCAUCCUGACUUCAGCUCUGAAAUCAAACCCAUCACACCUGAGAGAACUGAACCUGAGCAGGAAUAAACUACUAGGAGACUCAGGAGUGAAACACCUCAGUGAUCUACUGAUGAACACACAAUUCAAGCUGGAGAAACUAGAGCUGCGUGGUUGUGGUCUAACAGAGGAAAGCUGUUCAGCUCUGGCUACAGUCCUGAGAUCAAACUCCAGUCUGAAAGAGCUUGACCUGAGCAACAAUAAUCUGCAGGAUUCAGGGGUGAAGAAACUCCAGAAAGGAUUAGAAAAUACAAAAUGCACAUUGGAGAAACUCAGACUUUCAGACUGCAGUAUCAGUGAAGAAGGUUAUAAAGCUCUGUCUUCAGCUCUGAGAUCAAACCCUUUACACCUGAUAGAGCUGGAUCUCACAGGAAAUGAUCCUGGAGAAUCAGGAGUGAAGCAGCUCAGUGAUUUACUACAGGAUCCAAACUGCCAACUCAACACAAUGAGGUUUUUGGGUCCUGCUGCAGAUGAAGGCUGUCAGUAUGUGACUGUAAUUGUGGAUAAAAACCCGUUACUCCUGAGAGAGCUGAAUCUGAGUAAACAUGAACUAGGAGACACAGGAGUGAAUCAGAUCACUGCUCUACUGCAGGAUAAACACUGUACCCUCAACACACUGAAUCUGUGUGAUUGCAGUAUUACAGAGAAACAGUGUCUCAUCCUGACUUCAGCUCUGAAAUCAAACCCAUCACACCUGAGAGAACUGAACCUGAGCUGGAAUAAACUACUAGGAGACUCUGGAGUGAAACACCUCAGUGAUCUACUGAUGAACACACAAUUCAAGCUGGAGAAACUAGAGCUAAAUGAUUGUGGCUUAACAGACAAAAGCUGUCCAGCUCUGGCUUCGGUUCUUGGAUCAGAUACCAAUCUGAAAGAGCUGAACAUGAACAAUAAUAAUCUGCAGGAUUCAGGAGUGAAGCUACUCUGCACUGGCCUGGAGAAUAUAAACUGCAAAUUAGAGAUACUGAGUCUGAAGAAUAACUGUAUCACAGAAGGAGGUUGUCAUGCUCUGGCUGCAGCUCUAAAUUCAAACCCUUCAAAUCUGACGGAGCUGGAUCUGAGUGAGAAUAAUAUAGGAGACUCUGGAGUGACAGAACUGUCCAGUCUGUUGAGAAAUUCACAGUCGCUACAGAUACUCAGACUUUCAGACUGCAGAAUCACUGAAGAAGGUUAUAAAGCUCUGUCUUCAGCUCUGAGAUCAAACCAUUCACACCUGAUAGAGCUGGAUCUCGCAGGAAAUGAUCCUGGAGAAUCAGGAGUGAAGCUGCUCAGUGAUUUACUACAGGAUCCAAACUGUCAACUCAACACACUGAGGUUUUUGGGUCCUGCUGCAGAUGAAGGCUGUCAGUAUGUGACUGGAAUUGUGGGUAAAAACCCGUUACUCCUGGGAGAACUGAAUCUGAGUGGACAUGAACUAGGAGACACAGGAGUGAAUCUGAUCUCUGCUCUACUGCAGGAUAAACACUGUACACUCAACACACUGAAUCACUGUUAUUGCAGUAUUACAGAGAAACAGUGUCUCAUCCUGACUUCAGCUCUGAAAUCAAACCCAUCACACCUGAGAGAACUGAACCUGAGCUGGAAUAAACUACUAGGAGACUCUGGAGUGAAACACCUCAGUGAUCUACUGAUGAACACACAAUUCAAGCUGGAGAAACUACAUCUGUGGGAUUGCAGAAUUACAGAGAAACAGUGUCUCAUCCUGACUUCAGCUCUGAAAUCAAACCCAUCACACCUGAGAGAACUGGACCUGAGUCUGAAUAAACUACUAGGAGACUCUGGAGUGAAACACCUCAGUGAUCUACUGAUGAACACACAAUUCAAGCUGGAGAAACUACAUCUGUUUGAAUGCAGUAUUACAGAGAAACAGUGUCUCAUCCUGACUUCAGCUCUGAAAUCAAACCCAUCACACCUGAGAGAACUGGACCUGAGCUGGAAUGAACUACUAGGAGACUCUGGAGUGAAACACCUCAGUGAUCUACUGAUGAACACACAAUUCAAGCUGGAGAAACUACAUCUGUGGGGAUGCAGUAUUACAGAGAAACAGUGUCUCAUCCUGACUUCAGCUCUGAAAUCAAACCCAUCACACCUGAGAGAACUGAACCUGAGCUGUAAUAAACUACUAGGAGACUCUGGAGUGAAACACCUCAGUGAUCUACUGAUGAACACACAAUUCAAGCUGGAGAAACUAGAUCUGUGUGGAUGCAGUAUUACAGAGAAACAGUGUCUCAUCCUGACUUCAGCUCUGAAAUCAAACCCAUCACACCUGAGAGAACUGAACCUGAGCUGGAAUAAACUACUAGGAGACUCUGGAGUGAAACACCUCAGUGAUCUACUGAUGAAAACACAAUUCAAGCUGGAGAAACUAGAUCUGUGUGGAUGCAGUAUUACAGAGAAACAGUGUCUCAUCCUGACUUCAGCUCUGAAAUCAAACCCAUCACACCUGAGAGAACUGAACCUGAGCUGUAAUGAACUACUAGGAGACUCUGGAGUGAAACACCUCAGUGAUCUACUGAUGAACACACAAUUCAAGCUGGAGAAACUAGAUCUGUAUGAAUGCAGUAUUACAGAGAAACAGUGUCUCAUCCUGACUUCAGCUCUGAAAUCAAACCCAUCACACCUGAGAGAACUGAACCUGAGCGGGAAUCAAAUAAAAAACACAGGACUGAAUCACUUAUGUGACGUACUGAAGGAUUCACGCUGUAAACUGGAGAGAUUGAGACUUUCAGACUGCAGUAUCAGUGAAGAAGGUUAUAAAGCUCUGUCUUCAGCUCUGAGAUCAAACCCUUCACACCUGAUUGAGCUGGAUCUCACAGGAAAUGAUCCUGGAGAAUCAGGAGUGAAGCUGCUCAGUGAUUUACUACAGGAUCCAAACUGUCAACUCAACACACUGAGGUUUUUGGGUCCUGCUGCAGAUGAAGGCUGUCAGUAUGUGACUGGAAUUGUGGGUAAAAACCCGUUACUCCUGAGAGAGCUGAAUCUGACUGGACGUAAACUAGGAGACACAGGAGUGAAUCAGAUCUCUGCUCUACUGCAGGAUAAACACUUUAGACUCAACACACUGAAGCUUUCAGACUGCAGUAUCACUGAAGAAGGUUAUAAAGCUCUGUCUUCAGCUCUGAGAUCAAACCCUUCACACCUGAUAGAGCUGGAUCUCACAGGAAAUGAUCCUGGAGAAUCAGGAGUGAAUCAGCUCUGUGAUUUACUACAGGAUCCAAACUGUCAACUCAAGACACUGAGGCUUUCAGACUGCAGUAUCACUGAAGAAGGUUAUAAAGCUCUGUCUUCAGCUCUGAGAUCAAACCCUUCACACCUGAUAGAGCUGGAUCUCACAGGAAAUGAUCCUGGAGAGUCAGGAGUGAAGCAGCUCUGUGAUUUACUACAGGAUCCAAACUGUCAACUCAAGUCACUGAGGUGUUUGGGUCCUGCUGCAGAUGAAGGCUGUCAGUAUGUGACUGGAAUUGUGGGUAAAAACCCGUUACUCCUGAGAGAGCUGAAUCUGAGUGGACAUAAACUAGGAGACACAGGAGUGAAUCAGAUCUCUGCUCUACUGCAGGAUAAACACUGUACACUCAACACACUGAAUCUGUAUGAUUGCAGUAUUACAGAGAAACAGUGUCUCAUCCUGACUUCAGCUCUGAAAUCAAACCCAUCACACCUGAGAGAACUGAACCUGAGCUGGAAUAAACUACUAGGAGACUCUGGAGUGAAACACCUCAGUGAUCUACUGAUGAACACACAAUUCAAGCUGGAGAAACUACAUCUGUGUGAUUGCAGUAUUACAGAGAAACAGUGUCUCAUCCUGACUUCAGCUCUGAAAUCAAACCCAUCACACCUGAGAGAACUGAACCUGAGCGGGAAUAAACUACUAGGAGACUCUGGAGUGAAACACCUCAGUGAUCUACUGAUGAACACACAAUUCAAGCUGGAGAAACUACAUCUGUGGGGAUGCAGUAUUACAGAGAAACAGUGUCUCAUCCUGACUUCAGCUCUGAAAUCAAACCCAUCACACCUGAGAGAACUGAACCUGAGUCUGAAUAAACUACUAGGAGACUCUGGAGUGAAACACCUCAGUGAUCUACUGAUGAACACACAAUUCAAGCUGGAGAAACUACAUCUGUGUGGAUGCAGUAUUACAGAGAAACAGUGUCUCAUCCUGACUUCAGCUCUGAAAUCAAACCCAUCACACCUGAGAGAACUGAACCUGAGCUGGAAUGAACUACUAGGAGACUCUGGAGUGAAACACCUCAGUGAUCUACUGAUGAACACACAAUUCAAGCUGGAGAAACUACAUCUGUGUAGAUGCAGUAUUACAGAGAAACAGUGUCUCAUCCUGACUUCAGCUCUGAAAUCAAACCCAUCAUACCUGAGAGAACUGAUCCUGAGCUGGAAUGAACUACUAGGAGACUCUGGAGUGAAACACCUCAGUGAUCUACUGAUGAACACACAAUUCAAGCUGGAGAAACUACAUCUGUGUGGAUGCAGUAUUACAGAGAAACAGUGUCUCAUCCUGACUUUAGCUCUGAAAUCAAACCCAUCACACCUGAGAGAACUGAAGCUGAGCUGGAAUGAACUACUAGGAGACUCUGGAGUGAAACACCUCAGUGAUCUACUGAUGAACACACAAUUCAAGCUGGAGAAACUAGAUCUGUGUAGAUGCAGUAUUACAGAGAAACAGUGUCUCAUCCUGACUUCAGCUCUGAAAUCAAACCCAUCACACCUGAGAGAACUGAACCUGAGCGGGAAUCAAAUAAAAAACACAGGAGUGAAUCACUUAAGUGACGUACUGAAGGAUUCACGCUGUAAACUGGAGAGAUUGAGUCUUCGUGUCUGUGACAUUACAGAUGUUUCUUCUUUAACUCAGUCUUUGACAAACACAAAAGCUCUGCAGUUUCUAAAAGAGCUUGAUCUGAGUUAUAAUAAGAUUGGAGAAUCAAAGCAGAAGCUCAUUGAUGUGCUACGAGACUCAAACUGUAAACUGAUAGUAAAGAAGGAGUUCAAUCACCAGAAGCUGAUGAAUGCUGUGUAUCAUAAAGUGAAGUGAUCUUGAGAGGAGCAGUAAACAUCAGCUAAAGAUCCACAGAAGAGCUUCACUACUGUGUCUAUGAGGAGAAAUAAAUGUGUGAUAAAUGUGUAAAUGUGAUCCAUACAGGUGAAGAGACUCAGACUUUACAAUCAAAUAAUGCAGCAUGUGUGUUAGAAACAUGAUAUUGAAUGAUUAAUGUUGCUUUAGUAUUCAAGCAGAUGAUCAUUGUGUUUAAUGUAAAGCUGGAACAGAGGAGGAAGAAGCUCAGAUGAGUCUGUCUGGCUCCUCAGUUUAAUAAUAUUUCUAUUAAACUCAUUCAUAAUGAUUCAGAUGUUUAAAUGUGAUUGUCAAGUGCAGCACUUAAAUGUGUCAAAAGAUAUAAAUCAAAUCUACAAUGUGCCAAAUUUCCAUGUUACUUAAAACAUUUCUGCGAUCUUACAUUUUCUACUAAUUGUUAUUCUAUUUAAUUCUAUAUUAAGUUAGCUAUGUGUCUGUCUGUAGCUAACAAUCACAAAUCCUCUCAUUACAACAAAGCAGAAACACAGUAUAAAAA